CAGUGAAGUCAACAAAGAUCGUCUACGGAGGGAUGGCGCAAAAGGAAAGUUGUUCAAUGGUUUGAGUCCACUGAUUUGGGGUCCGAGUGAGCGCUCUUCGCUUUUGUGGAGCUCGGGCUCGGCGGCAAUAUGGCUCCGUUGCCCAAGUCGACUUUGACAAGUUGGAGGAUAUUUUCAGCUUGUUUGCGACUUCGCUCUUCUCUCAGCUCUGAAAUGAUGGACAAGAAAGCCACGUGGGACCGCCUGUACGCCGAAAGCAGCACCAAGGCGAGCACGUUCAAGACCUUCGAGUGGUUCUUCGGCUUUGAAGCGGCGCAAAACUUCAUCGUGCCUUUACUGCGGACCGCGGCCAGACCCGAGGCGGCGCUUCAAGUCCUGGACGUGGGCUGCGGCACCUCCGCUUUGGGUCCCUCCCUGUACCAACGCUGUCCCACGCCGGUUCGGGUCACGUGCGGUGACAUUUCCGCCGCGGCCGUACGACUCAUGCGGGAGCACGUCCGGGCCGAAGCCGUCCGCCCCGGCAACGGUUGCUCGCGGCUGGCCUUCGUGGAGCUCGACUGCACGCAGCUGCACAGGCACUUUGCUCCCGGCAGCGUGGACCUCAUCGUGGACAAAGGCACCACGGACGCCCUGUUGAAAUCCAAGGACGGGAAGCGAAACGCCGGCCUGGCGCUCGGGCAGUGCUUGAAGGCGCUGCGCCACUCGGGGUCUCUGCUGCAGUUCUGCGACGAGGAUCCGGAUGCCAGGCUGCUGUGGCUGGAGACGGAAGCGCCGGCUGCACGUGUCCACGUGCAGGAAGUGGGGGAGCUGAGGGGCGUUUUUUACUACUGCUAUCGAGUGACCCCCGUCCCGAACCCGCGGCACUGACCGUGUGGAUCAUUUUUUCAUGUGACUGUGCAAAGUUUGAUCUCGAUGCAGUUGAAAUUUAUGGUGCGCAAAUAAUAAAACCAAUCUCCGUUCAA